CCAGAGAUCCAUUCCAUUGGACAAUAAAACUUCAGGAGCACUCAAGAAAACUUCGAGGUACAGAAGUAGGUCUCUGUCGGCGUCCUCAACUGAUUCUUAUAGUUCAGCUAGCAGCUCUGAAGAUGAUGAUGUUUCACCAAGAGAAAAAAUACAGAAAAGUUCAAGCGGCCAUGCAGACUUCUGCGUGCGCAACAUUGAUCAACAUGCAUUUGGCCGUCGAGAAAUCGAAAUUGCCGAACAAGAAAUGCCUGGAAUCAUGGCUUUGCGAAGAAGAGCUGGCGAUGAUAAGCCUUUGAAGAAUGCUAAAAUUGUAGGCUGCACCCAUAUUAAUGCGCAAACGGCGGUACUUAUUGAAACACUUGCAGUACUUGGUGCACAAGUUCGUUGGGCCGCCUGCAACAUUUAUUCCACACAAAAUGAAGUCGCAGCGGCAUUGGCUGAAGCAGGAUUUGCAGUAUUUGCAUGGCGUGGUGAAUCAGAAGAAGACUUCUGGUGGUGCAUCGACAAAUGUGUAAACGCAGAAAAUUGGCAACCAAAUAUGAUUCUAGAUGACGGCGGUGAUGCCACGCAUUUGAUGCUAAAAAAGUAUCCAACCAUGUUUAAAAUGAUCAAAGGAAUUGUUGAAGAAAGUGUUACAGGAGUACAUAGACUAUAUCAGUUAUCUAAAGGUGGUAAACUAACUGUACCAGCCAUGAAUGUGAAUGACUCAGUUACAAAGACGAAGUUUGAUAAUCUUUAUAGCUGUCGUGAAUCAAUUAUUGACAGCUUGAAGCGUUCAACGGAUGUUAUGUUUGGUGGUAAACAAGUUGUAUUAUGUGGUUAUGGAGAGGUUGGUAAAGGCUGCUGCCAAGCUCUGAAAGGUCUUGGUUGCAUAGUUUAUAUAACAGAGAUAGAUCCUAUUUGUGCCUUACAAGCUAGCAUGGAUGGCUUCAGAGUGGUGAAAUUAAAUGAAGUUAUAAGAAAUGUUGAUAUAGUUGUAACAGCAACUGGCAAUAAAAAUGUUGUGACAAGGGAGCAUAUGGAUAAAAUGAAAAAUGGCUGUGUCGUCUGUAACAUGGGACACUCUAAUACAGAAAUUGAUGUUAAUAGCCUAAGAACGCCUGAUCUGACAUGGGAGAAAGUUCGAUCUCAAGUAGAUCAUGUUAUCUGGCCUGAUGGAAAACGAAUUGUGUUACUUGCAGAAGGAAGAUUGGUGAACCUAUCAUGUUCCAGUGUUCCUUCAUUUGUUGUUUCUAUAACAUCAGCGACUCAAGCAUUGGCCUUGAUAGAAUUGUUCAAUGCUCCUAGUGGACGCUAUAAGUCUGAUGUAUAUCUUCUACCGAAAAAAAUGGAUGAAUAUGUGGCUAGUUUGCAUUUACCGACAUUUGAUGCUCAUCUAACAGAGCUGACCGAUGAGCAAGCCAAAUAUAUGGGUCUAAAUAAGGCUGGGCCUUUUAAACCUAAUUAUUACAGGUACUAAUGUUUGAAAGGUGGUGCACAUAUAGACAAAAUAAUGACCUCGGCAUUUAAUAAGAUAAGAAGGUUUGGAGAAAUGUAUAUACAAAAUUAUUUCUCCAAACAUAAAAUGUAACAAAAAAUUCAAUUUUAUUUAUAUGACACACUCUUUUAAAUUAUUAUUUAUUUUAAUCUGUUGUCAUUAAUUUGUUUUAAUUUUUUUAUUUAAAAAAAAUUAUAAAUCUAUUCGGGUUCAUAAAUAUUACAUAAAUGAUUCUUGAAUGACUGACCAUUCCAAUUUUUAAUAAAUGUUGUACAUAUUAGACACACUUAACACUAUAGUUGAAAAUAACUCCCAAGAUUUUAUCAAUUUUAGAAAAUUAUAUAUUAAAAAGCUGGAAAGUAUAAGUAUUUAGUUACACUAAAU